AUGCAGCGGUCAGCCAUUCCAGGGUGUGAGUGGACGGAUAGUCACGAAGGAUCAACAUUAAUGACCGUAAAUGACAUGAACCAAACAAGCCUCAAUGAUCCUGGGUCCCUCCAGUGGUGUCCUCCACCUGUGUCCCUCCACUGUGUCCUCCACCUGUGUCCCCCACUGUGGGUUCCACCUGUGUCCUCCCCCUGCUUCCUCCUGUUUCCUCCAAUGUGUCCUCCACCUGUGUCCCCACUGUGUUCCACCUGUGUCACUGUGUUCCCCACCUGCCCUCCACCUGUGUCCUCCCUGUUUCCUCCACCUGUGUCCCCCACCUGUGUCCCCCACCCUGUGUCCCCCACCACCUCCACCUGUGUCCCCCACUGUGCUCUCCACCUGUGUCCUCCACCCGUCCUCCACCUGUCCCCACUGUGUGUCCUCCACCCAGUCCCCCACUGUGUCUCUCCACCUGUGUCCUCCACCUGUAUCCUCCACCUGUGUCCUCCUGUUUCCUCCAAUGUGUCCUCCACCUGUGUCCCCAUCAGUCCUCCACCCGUGUCCCCCACUGUCUCUCCACCUGUGUCCCCUCCACCUGUGUCCCCCACUGUGUCCUCCACCAAGUCCCCACUGUGUCCUCCACCUGUGUCCUCCACCUGUAUCCUCCACCUGUGUCCUCCCCCUCCCAAUGUGUCCUCCAAUGUGUCCUCCACCUGUGUCCCCACUGUGUCCCUCCACCUGUGUCCCCACGUGUCCUCCACCUGUGUCCCUCCACCUGUGUCCCUCCACCUGUGCCUCCAAUGUCCUCCACCUGUGUCCCCCACUGUGUCCUCCACCUGUGUCCCCCCUCCACCUGUGUCCUCCACCUGCGUCCCUCCACCUGUGUCCCUCCCUGUUUCCUCCAAUGUGUCCCUCCACCCUCCUCCACCGUGUGUCCCCCACUGUGUCCUCCACCUGUGUCCCCACCUCUCCACCUCCCCUGCGUCCUCCACCUGUGUCCCCCACUGUGUUCUUCACCUGUGCCCUCCACAUGUGUCCUCCACCUGUGCCCUCCACCUGUGCCCUCCACAUGUGUCCUCCACCUGUGCCCUCCACAUGUGUCCUCCACCUGUGCCCUCCACAUGUGUCCUCCCCUGUGACCCCCACUGUGUCUUUCACCUGUGUCCUUCCCCCGUGUCCUCCACCGGUGUCCUCUACAUGUGUCCUCCCCUAGGCCCUCACGGUGUGUCCUCCACCUGUGUUCUUGCCCCAUGCCUCCUCUCCUUCCUCCCUGUACCCCCUUUGUCCCUCCUCUGUGAAAUAAGCUUGGGUGGAGAUUCUUCAGGUGAUCCAACAUAA